AUGGCCAGAGGAACGGAGGAUAGCGACGAGCCCGAUCGUCAGUUACGAACGAUGGCUUCGAAUGGACGAGGGUCAUCAGUUGCUUCAGGCUCUGAGGCUAGUUUCGUUGAUGCUUCCGGAUAUAAAUAUAGCGAGAAAAACAAGCAACAGACAAAAAUAAAGCUUAAGAAGACUGCUUCUAACCCCACGAAUGGGACGAAAGGUGCAGAGUCUGGAAACGCUGAUUCCAGCGCUGCAUCCUCACCUAUUCUACCCAUGGUAGACGAGAAAACUAUGGCUUCAUUUCCGACUGGGAAACCAAGGGAAACGCCUCUUGAGACCGUCAUCUGCAAACAUUGCAAACGGCCGGUCUUGAAACAAAGUGCUAUAGAGCAUAUUCGAGGAUGUUUGAAAGCAAAGCAGGAAAAAGCCCGUAAGAAGAAAGAAGCUAGGGAUGCCAAUCGGGCGAAGGAAAAGGCGGAUAAGGAGGGAAACGACGAUGACGGAGAUGGCGCUAUGAAAGGCCAAAAGAGUGCCAAGAAGAAUGCUGGCGAGGAUGGGCCAAAAAAGGGGAAGAAAAGAAAGGCCGAAGACGACGACAAGGAACCUAAAAGGAAGAAAAAGAAAGAUGAGCCUAAGCCGAAAGUACCGAAACCGAAAGGUCCCGUUGAUGUAGAGAAACAAUGUGGUGUUAUCCUUCCAAAUGGAGGUCAGUGUGCUAGGUCGUUGACCUGCAAAAGUCAUUCAAUGGGUGCAAAGAGAGCCGUUCCGGGCCGGUCAUUGCCUUAUGAUAUGCUCUUGCAAGCCUACCAAAAGAAAAAUCAAGCACGGCAACAAAAGGCGGCCAUUGAUGCCAAUGCCCCCGUCCACGAUGACUUGGAUGGAAAUGGGCCGGUUGACUCAGACGAAGAGAAAGAUGCUGUGAUGGCCGGGAUUUUGCGCUCACGGCCUCAGCCGUUAGUGACACACUCCCUCAUUCCCACGAGACGAAAAUAUCAUCUUGUCCGAAUGAAGGAGAUGCUUUCCCAAGUAUUUGGCUCCGGAAACUUUUUCGGCUCGCCCGACAAUAGCUCUCAGCAAGGAAGAAACCCGUUUCAGUCUGAGCCCACAACCAUCCCCUCGCCAGUACCCGGCUCUGCUGGGGAUGGGGCUUCACAACAGCUUGACCCGUCUCGAAAACCGUUACCACAGCAUGGGUUGCAAAACAGGAAUAAUACUCCCAAUGCACCUGUGAAAAGGGCGACAACUGGGACCAGUAUCUCUUGA